CUCGCGUCAUGUGACCGCAGCGGAGUCACGUGAUUCGGGUCUGCCUUGAGCUACUUUUCCGGCUAUUUGGUGCCAUGGCAGUGUCACCUCAUUCCGAAUGGGCCCAGAAGGUCGCUGCAUUCCGUGCCAGCCCAACACGUUUUCUUGCCAGUACAACAGCUGAGAACUUUGUGCAAGAUCUACUGAGAAUCCUUACGGAUGAGAAAAUGGGUGAAAAUAUAAAGGUGCAGAUUCUGGGCAUUCUUCAGGAGUUUCCAAAUUCGUUGUUCACCAGCUCGCAGUCAGCAGAAAGGGCAGUGGAAUCAAUCUUCAACAUCUAUUUGCAGCUGCCGCUGGUACUUAAGUUACUUAGUCUGAAAUGCCAUCUACUGCUGUCUGUAACCACCGUGGUAAUUUCCACCGACCAUCUGAUUAGUGAUCAGAAGGUAUUGAAGAACUUGAUGAAGCAGCUGUUCAAUGUGGUGUGCGACUCAAACGAUCACAAAAGCGGUGUGAACUUUAGGCCUCUCAGGGCCAUGGCGUGCAACUGCCUUCGAGAGUUUGAAACUUGCUAUCCAGGUCUCCUGUCGGGGAAACUGGAGCUUCUGUCUACCCUGCGGAAAGAAGAGGUGACUCCCUUGCACCAAGCCUACACACUGCUGUACAGCCAGGCAUUGAAAAAUGCCAUUCACACCUUCUCACAGGUGCAUAGUGCUUCUGAGGGGGCCAUUCGUGAGAUGCUGGUACGGAAUGAGGAAAUCAAGUGGAAGGUGAUGGAGAAACAACGUGAUUUGGCAGCUGUCACUAUAACAACUAAUUUCUCGUUGAUGACUUCUGCUGAUGAGACAAAGGAGUUGAAGUCUUGUAUAUCAUUACUGCUGGAAGAAUGCUUCCUCCUGACUCCAGUAUCUCAAGCUGUCUUGCUUCGAGAUUUGGCCCAGGUCGUAAUUAUGGUGCACUCACUUUCUCCAGCAAUUUUCAGGUCACAGAUAUUGCGUCUGUUUGGGACAAUGGAUAUAUCCUUACUGCACACCAUGUUGUACAUGAAAACAACCUUCACUGACAGCCUUUUCACAGGUGAGGACGAGAACCUCCUUUUGAAACAACUAGUCGUAAUGGCCCAACACCCACUGCUCAACGUUCCUCUCAAACUCUUCUACAUGGACUGUCUGCUCCACUUUCCUGAAAACCGUCCCAUUAACUCUAACCUGGAGGAGAACCUUCCGGUUACAUUCACCUCAAGGAUGGCGAAUUGCCUGUUCCCCACCCUCUUUAACGACAGCAGUACAAUGCUGGCUCGUCUCAAUCUGUUGAGUCUUGUGUGCCUUGAGAGUACAGAUGAAGAAAGAGGGGUCACUGAGAUCUUUGAUUAUCUGAUGUCUUUGUACAAACUGGUAGACAUUAGUGGAAACAGGGAGCGAAUAGUAACAUUUUUCCAAGCCAUGUACAUAUUUGUGGGACAUUUCUAUUCUAAUGAAGAGUACAUGUCACAGUGGACUAACCAUAUGGUCCAGUUGUACAAAAAACAUUGCAGCUUAGCUCCACAUAUGAUAAACCUUUUAGAUAGCACCCAGAACCUAUUGGAAGAUUGUAAGUGGUCUGUUUCACUGGCAGGGGCCCUGCAGAAGCUAGUAGUGGAACUCCCGUUUCAGCACUUGACCCCUUCUAAUCUCAUGUGGAACCUCAAAAUCCUGGCUAGAGUGGCCAAAGAAAGCACAAUAGCGCAGAAGGCAACCAUUCAGUUCCUGCUGAGAGUCGUUCAGGCGUCCGACUUGUGUGAGCGGGGGGACUGGCGAAUGGGGAAUGCCAUCCUGUCCGUGUGCAGGAACAUCUUGCACUGUCAGAAUCUGGAGCCCACCUUCAGGGACCUGGCAGACCUCUUGCAGCACAUCCACCUCUGGUUCCAAGAUAUCGACAUCCAGGACCACGCUCACUUGUAUUAUGCGCUACUCACUUGUCUCUCUGGCGAGAAGCUGGCAGGGGUUGUGGCAGCAGGACCAGGCAACUGUAGUCAGGCCAAGAUGCGCUCACUUUCCCUGAUAGCAGAAAGUGCAGACUCCUCAAUCUCCAUUCUUCCAAUUAAGCACCCAGUACUACAGCUGACUCCUUUUCCAGAAGACAAUUCUCCCACUGUCAGUCCUCCUGGAGAAACCAGUGACCAGGACCUCCAAAUAGAUUACUUUGAGCAAUACUUGGAUCAGUUUCAUGAUCCUGGAUUUGUUUCUACAAUUGAACAGAAAUUUUAUUUGAGUUUUACAGAGGAGGUUGAUCCUCAUUUUCACAAGCUCUUUACCAUACUUGUACACUUUGACUUGCAGAACUCCCACUAUGAAUCAUUGAGUGAUCUUCAUGUACCCUGUCUUCUCUUCAACAAAGAGCCUCACGUUUUCUCCCUGGUGUUCAAGCCUCGGUUACCCUUCCCUUUCACUUUACACACCAACGCCAUCUUUACCACAGAGGACGGUGACACUUACUGCAGUCAGCUUGAGCCUGUUGACAUUGAUUUCCCACGGCUCUUCCUGCCCUUUCCAGUGCCUCUCAGUUGGCCAUCGGAUGUCAAGGCUAGCCUUUUUAACAAGCUGUGGGCAUCAUUGAUCCAAACUGAAUCCACCCAAUCUGCUCUCAGUCGUUUCUGCUUUAAGACGGUCCAAAGAUCUCUUUGUGAGCUUGUACAGUCACAUUUUCAGAAGUACGUGGUCUCACAACGUACAGAACCAGAAUCUUACAAAGUUUUUCUCUUCCUGCCCCCGCGCAUCAAUAUUUUAUUCCAACUAGAACAAAUGGAUGAUAUUGUGAAGGUUGAUAUAGUCACAAAUGACUGGAAACUUUUACCAUUCAUUAAUUCUUACCUUCUGGACAUGACGUCUGGAAAUUAGCACACAGGCUUGCUGCAAAACUGGUCAUCUGAGUGAGGCAUUGCAGUAAACUAGUUUUAGUGCUAUUCUGGGUGCAAACAUUUUUAUUCAAAGUAUAAAAAUAACUGUGAAAUAUUGCUGAGUGAAAGCUAUCUGUUAUAAGGCACUGCAGGCGAGACAUUUUCAAAUGCAAGAUUCAAUAUUAUUGCAAUUCUGUCUUGGUUAUUACAAAGGAACAUGUAUAAAGGUCUAAGGAUUUACUAAAAAUGCUGGAAAUUUUAUUUUUCAGACCAGAACUAUUGCUAUUUUAGUCCUUUAUCUGAUUUAUUAAUCGUAACUCAGGUAAUGAUAGACAUGCUUUUUGUUGACAGAUGCACUUUAAGUUUCAGUUCCUUAUCCCUGUAUAGCAGGGGUUCCCAGCCUUUUUUAUGCCAUGAACCCCUACAAUUAACCGAGGGGUUUGUGGACCCUGGGUUGGGAACCCCUGCUGUACAGCAAUUUCUUCUGAAUGUUUCAAGAUACCAGCAGGUUAUUUAAUCAGUCUUGGCGCUGAUGCCUGUGCAAAUGGACUGUGGAGAAUAAAUUACUUUCAGGAAAGGAGGAAGGAAAUGAUGUGUGAAAAAUAGUUAGCUCAAAUUCAUUAUGUGCUGGCAAUAAUACUGAUCAAUAUAUGUGGCUUUCUUUUUAACUUACUUGAUUCAGCGUUGCAUAUAAAGAGAAUAAAAAUAACUUAUUUUUAUACAGGGCUCAGUACUCUCCCAACAUUGAAAAGGAUUUAAUGUUUUCAUAUGACAUAAAGCAGGCCAUUUGGCCCAUCGCUGUCCCUCAAAACGUUCCCAUCAGUGCCAAUUCCCAUAACCUUUUCACUCUCAUAUGCUCCAUAAAUCCUAACUGGAUUUCCUUUGAAAUUUCAGACUCUUACUUACUUUAGAUUAGAUUAUGAGGACAGUCAGUCCUCGUUUAUUGUCAUUUAGAAAUGCAUGCAUUAAGAAAUGAUACAAUGUUCCUCCAGAGUGAUAUCACAAAAAAAAGGACAAACCAAAGACUAACACUGACAAGACCACAUAAUUAUAACAUAUAGUUGCAGCAGUGCAAAACAAUACCAUAAUUUGAUAAAGAGCAGACCAUGAGCACGGUAAAAAAAGUUUCAAAGUUCCGAUCAACUCCUGAUAGUCCCCGAUAGCAGGCGGCAGUAGGGAGAAACUCUCCCUGCCAUAAACCUCCAGGCGCUGACAACUGUCGAUGCAUUGGAAGCACCCGACCACAGCCGACUCUGAGUCUGUCUGAAAGCUUCGAGCCUCCGACCAGCCCCUCCGAUACAGCCUCCUGAGUCCCAUCGUCUGCCGAGCGCUUCGGCCCCACCCCGGCCACCGAGCAACAAGCAAAGCCGAGGACUCGGGGCCUUCUCCUCCGGAGUUAAAGACUCUGAAUGGAAGGAAAGGCAAAUCAGCAGUUUCUGAGGGGCUGCUACUAAAUAUGUUUAAAACUAAAAUUCCCAGUGCGGAACAAAAUAAGAACAGACAGUUCAACAUAAACUUGACGCUCGUGCCUUUCUGAAGGUGACAAACAAAUGCUGAUAGCACUGGACAACACAUUUUUUCAGAAGUGUUGCCUCCUCAGAAUUGUUUUUUCUUUAUGAUAGACCACUUGAAGCUGAACACAAAUAUAAUUUCAGUCUACUUAUAUCACGUAGGAAUUGGGAGAAACAAGUAAUUAACUUUUAUUGAAUAUAAUGUGUUUAAUUGUGUAACAGUGCUGACACUUUCCAAUAGUUCAACUAAGCUGAAAAUGUUUUGUUGAUGAUUUUCAUUUGUACUCAGUGUCUGAGGAUUCUCACUUAAGUGUCCAACAAAAAUAAGCCAGAUUGAUGGAUUCCAGUUGCCCUGAUAAACCGUUUCUCCAUGACCAUAAUCUCCUGGUGAAACCUUUCACCAUCCUCGUAACUCACUGUACCAAGCUUUGCAGGAAAGAAGUCUAAAUGGAAAUGCAGAAAAUGAGUCAUUAGUGAUAUCUUGUACUUCAUGGUUUUGUUUGCUUGAAGGAGAUUGUCAAUCAGUUGCAUGUAGCUUGGUGCUUUACAGUUGCCAAAAAAAUUUCAGCAACUUCCUUGAAUGCCUUCCAUGUGAUUUUUUUUCCCCCGGUCCUGCUAGAAGUUCUUCACAUUGCCCGUCAUUGAUGAGCUGCUUGAUUUGUGGACCAACAAAAAUGCCUUCCUUAAUCUUGCCCACAGAUAUUCUGACUUGGAUUGAAACUAGGUGAUUUUUUUUUAAAAAAAUGCUGUGUGAUAGGGAAAUUUCAUGGUAGUUUUCAUGAUUUUCAAAAUCCAUAUGAUAUACCCAAAAGUGUUCAGGAAGCAAAAUCCAAGAAUGGUGAAGGAACAAUAAUGUACCUCAAAGGUAGAAUAGUGUGCGGGUUGGAGGGCAACGUCCAAGUGACGGGAUUCCCGUCCUUUUGCCGCCCUUGUCCUUCGGGCUACUAGAGGCCAUGGGCUUGGAAUGUGCUGUUUCGGGAGUCUUUGGGAGUUGCUGUAGUGCAUCCUGUAGAGGGUACCUACUGCUGCUACUGUAGAGGAGCCAGUGGCAAAGCAAGUGAACGGUUGUAGAUGGGGUGCAUCUCAGGUGGACUGCUGUGUCCUGUACGGUGUUGAGCUUCCUAAGCAUUAAAAACAAAGCCCAAGAAGAGUUUACGCAUUCUUCUGCAUUGUUGAAGUUGCACUCAUUCAGAUAAGUGGACAGUGUUCCAAUACACUCCUUGAGUCUUGUAGAUGGGGAGUACAAGCUUUGGGAAGUUAGAAAGUGAGAUUCACGCCACACAGUUCCUAGCCUCUGGCCUAUUCCCAUAGCCACAUUGUGAUUGUGGCUACUCCAGUUCAAUUUCCUAACCCCCCUAACCCCCACCCCCCCCAGUUGUUUGAUGAUGGAGAAAACUUUUCUGUUUACUACUCUGCACAGAUUUGACAGCAGCUUUGUUGAAUGAAAUUUGCAGACCAUUUUAAUCCUAUAUUUGCAAUAGUAUUAGAUGGAGUGCAGAGUUUUACACACAAACAAAAAGAGUCUUGCAUUUAGGUAACAUCAUCUUGGUCUGGGGAUGUCUCAGUGCACGGAAAGUACCUUAUGAACUGUGGUUACAGUCUUAAUAUUUCUCAGCUCUUUCUUGGGAUUGAGGAUGAUGUGCUUCCACUUCAGUUCUGUGUAAGAUAAUGAGACCAGCAUGAGAUGUGCAGGCUGCUUAAUGGCUGGGCAGGAGAUGGUAGCGGUGAUGGGUAGUGUAGGAGGUGGUGUAUUCCUACCCCUGCAUCUUUCUGAUCUUCUGAAUGUUCCCAGUAAAGAUCCUUAGAAUCAUAGAAAUCAUUUAUGAAAUGGAAGGAGGUGGUUCAGACCUCUGCAUACAUGCUGAUCAAAAAUAAACUCUUCAGCCUAAUUCCACCUCCAAGCACUGGAUCUGUAGCUCUGUAGUUCCUGGUUUUCCAAGUACACAUCCAAUUACCAUUAAGUGUGUACUUCUGUGUCUACCAUUGCUUCCCACCCACCCCCUGGAUGAAAUUUAUUUUCAGUCACAUAAAUGCCUUUCAACCAUUCUCCCUUUCCUCCUUAUAAAUUUGCCUCUGCAAUUGUGGUGGUUGCCCCCAUUUGGUUGUCAUUUCAACCUAAUUAGCCUCGUUUGAUAAGAAUCUCAGAGCAUCCAGGGUUCAUCAUUCAUUGGGAUCAAUCAUGGUCCUGCUUUCCAUAAAUCAGGAAGGAUGCUGCAUUUUUCUUACUAGGAGGAGUUGAGAUCUUUGCAGAGACUUUGGGUAAUCUGUUAUUUCUGGUACUCCUUUUUCAAUCUUUUUAUUGGUAUCGUAAUGAUAAAGAUUAACACCAUAAAAAUCAUACAAAGUUAUUGGGAUUACAUUGUUGUAAUUGUCAUAUAUAAAUAUAAACUCCAUUAAUACAUGGAUAUUAAACCUCCCAAUCUUACAGGAUACAAAUAUUAUAUAUAGACAAAUUAACAUGAAAGGAGAAAAAUAUAUAUAUACCCCCACCAAAAAAAACUAAUCUAACAAGAUAGACCAAUUAAACUACAGAAAAAAAAGACAUAGGCUGUUAUGAAACAUAAAAGAAAAGAACCAUUAGUGUCAUUGACUCUGUUCCCCUCAACAUAUACCAAAAAAGAAAUAGAGUAGGUUUGGUAUUUCUGGUACUCCUCUUGGAAAUCUGUUGCCGUGAGGGAGAUCAGAGUACAGUACCUAUUUUGAGAAUCUGGUGUUGCACAAGCCAGAUGAUAAAAACCUACGCAUUCGAGCUGGCUGAGUGUAACCCUAGUCUCAAAGCUGGGAGAGGACAACUUGUUAUUUCACUUAUCCUGCUGGUGGAUUUGGAGGAUAUUAUUGGUGUGUACAGUGCCAGCUCUUGAUAGUACAUGAGUCUGCAGAUAAGAGGGAAGAGAUGACUCCCCAGAAGAUCAUGAGUUUCAGCCUAGGUUGAUAAUCUUGAUCUUUGAGCAUUCUUUUCCUGGAACAGACGGUAUCCCUGAUGAAGUUCGAGAACUUGGCAGAGAAGUGCCUCUGACACAAAUUUAGAAGGCCAAAUACUGUGUAGGCACACUGGAGACAGAGGUAACUUUCAUAAUUAAUGAAAACCUCUUACUGAGAGGUUGCUCCCAAGGUAUGGAAGAUAGUCCACGUUUGCUAGAGCUCUGGCCGGAUCCUUAUUGUAGGACAGGUGGAAUUGUGCAGUGGUAGGGAAGCACCUUGCUUUGUGUAUAGAGCAUAGAACUGUAUAGCAUAGGAACAGGCCCUUCAUCCCACAAUGCCUAACUCCCCUCCACUACUACAUGAUCUUAUCCAUGUGUCUGUCUAUAUUCGUAAAUGCCGUUAUCAUGUCUGCUUCCACCACUAGUUGUGGCAACCCAUUUCAGGCACCCACUGCGCUCUCUUGUUUUAGAAUACUUGCUUUGCACGUCUCCUUUAAACCUUCCCCCUCUUGCCUUAAAUGUAUGCCCUCUAGUAUUCAAUAUCUCUAUCCAGGGAAAAAUGAUUUGUGUAACACCUAUUGCUUUGUAUGCUUCAACUCUACUUGAAACAUGGACUGAGAAUACACAUGUUCACGUGUAUCAUCUGCAGCUCAUUGGCUGAAGCUGGAGUGAUCUUAGUUCUGGAGUGGAUGGAGGUAAUGACAGUUGCGUGGUUAUUUAUUUAGAGAUACCACGCAAAAUAGGCCCCUCCAUCACCCAGCAUUUAAGCUAACCAUCAGACAAUUUACAAUUAACCUACUAACCGGUAGGUCUUUGGACUGUGUGAGGAAACCAGAGCACCCGGAGAAUGCACAACCUCCUUACAGAGGAUGCCGGGAUUCAACCUGAAAUGUCGACAAUUGCCCUCUUCCCUCAGGUGCUGCUUGACCCGCUGAGAUCUUGCACCACACCUGCUGUGCCUUUGACUCUGAACUGGUUUGGUGCAUCGCCAUGUUCUAACAUAAUUUUCCAAAAAAGUACGGGCCGUGCAGGUGAUGUUGAUAAACAUUAAAGAAUGUCAUGCAUCAUGUGUGAUCCUACCUGUUCACUACUCACUGAAUGGACAGUAAGAAUGAGCUCACCAGUGGCACGAGACUAUCCAGGACCAGAAGACAUAGGAGCAGAAUUAGGCCGUUUGGCCCAUCAGGUCUGUUGCACCAUUCAAUUAUGGCUGAUCAUUUCUUUCCCCCUCCUCAGCCCCACUCCCUAGCCUUCUCCCUGUAACCUUUGAUACCAUGUCCAAUCAAGAACCUAUCAAGCUCUGCCUUAAAUACACCCAAUUAUCUGGCCUCCACAGCUGCCUGUGGUAAUAAAUUCCACAAUUUCACUACCCUCUGACUGAAGAAAUUUCUCCACAUUUUAAAUGGAUGUCCUUUCAUACCGAGACUAUGCCCUCUUGUCCUAGACUCUCCCACCAUGGGAAGCAUCCUUUCCACAACUAUUCUGUCUUGGCCUUUCAACGUUCAAAAGGUUUCAAUGAGAUCCCCCUCAGGACUAAAUUCUGAGUACAGAAUCAGAGCUAUCAGAUGUUCCUCACAUGAUAACCCUUUCAUUCCCAGAAUCAUUCUUGUGGCCUCUCCAAUACCAGCACAUCUUUUCUUAGAUGAGGAGCCCAAAACUGUUCACAAUACUCAAGGUGAGGCCUCACCAGUUCCUUAUAAAGCCUCAGCAUUACAUCCCUGCUCUUGUAUUCUAGACCUCUUGAAAUGAAUGCUAACAUUGCAUUUGCCUUCUUCAUCAGCAACUCUAUCUGCAAGUUAACCUUUAGUGUGUUCUGCACAUGGACUCCCAAGUCCCUUUGCAUCUCAGAUUUUUGGAUUUUCUCCCCAUUUAGAAAAUAGUCUGCACAUCUAUUUCUAUUACCAAAGUGCAUGACCAUGCAUUUUCCAACUUGGUAUUUCAUUUGCCAAUCUCCUAAUCUGUCUAAGUCCUUCUGCAGCCCACCUGUUUCCUCAAUACUACCUGCCCAUCCACCAAUCUUCGUAUCAUCUUCAAACUUGGCAACAAGGUCAUCUAUUGCAUCAUUGAAAUCAUUGAUAUACAGCAUAAAAAGAACCCCCACAGAACACCACUAUAGUCACUGGCAGCCAACCAGAAAAAGAUCCUUUUAUUCCCACUUGCUGCCUCCUACCAAUCAGCCAAUGCUCUAACAAUGCCUGCAACUUACCUGUAAUACCGUGGGCUCUUAAUGUGGCACCUCGUCAAAGGCCUUCUGAAAGUCCAAAUAUACAACAUACACUGCAUCCCCUUAUUCUAUCCAACUUGUAAUCACCUCAAAGAAUUCCAACAGGUUCAUCAGGCAAGAUUUUCCCUCAAGGAAACCAUGCUGACUUUGUCCUAUCUUGUCCUGUGUCACCAAGUACUCUAUAACUUCAUCAUUAACAAUUGACUGCAACAUCUUCCCAACCACUGAGGUCAGGCUGACUGCUUUAUAAUUUCCUGUCUACUACUUUCCUCCUUUCUCAAAGAGUGGAGUGACAUUUCCAAAUAUCCAGUCCUCUGUCUCCAUGCCAGAGUCCAAAUGAUUUAUGAAAGAACACAAUCUUUACCGUUACCUUUCAGAAAUCUUGUGUGCAGUUUCUCUGGUCUAGGUGACUCAUGUACCCUUAGGUCUUUCAGCUUUUUGAGGACCUUCUCCCUUGUGAUAAUAACUGCACUCAUUUCUCUUCCCUCACACCCUUCAACAUCUGGCACACUGCUAGUGUCUUCCACAGAUGCAGGCUACUUAUUUAGUUUAUCUGCCAUCUCCUUGUUUCCCCCCCCCCCCACCCUGAUUAUUUCUCUGACCUCAUUUUCUACUGGUCCUAUAUCCACCCUUAGCUCUCUUUUUUAUUUUAACUUGAAAAAGCUUUUACCAUCCACUCUGAUAUUUGUGUGUCAGCUUGCUUUCAUAUUUUGUUUCCCUCCUAAUGAUUAUUUUGGUUGCACUCUGUGAGGUUUUAAAAGCUUCCCAAUCCUCUGUCUUUUUACUAAUUUUUGCUUUGUUGUAUGCUCUCUCUUUUGCUUUUACAUUAGCUUUGACUUUCCUUGCCAUUUGAGUACUUUGUAAUUUUUGGAAUACAUCUAUCCUGCACCUUCCUCAUUUUUUCCAGAAUCCCAUGUCAUUGCAGCUCUGCUGUCAUCCUUGCCAGCAUCUCCUUCCAAUUUACUGGCCAACUCCCUUCCCAUACCACUAUAAUUUCCUUUACUCCGCUGAAAUACUGCUACAUCAGAUUGUACUUUCUCCCUAUCAAAUUUCAAGUUGAACUCAAUCAUAUUGUGAUCACUGGACGUGGGUGCACUGUUACCCUAUAACUGACUGUGUGGAUAAAUAUGUUGUUUUGACUACAACCAGAUUUGAAAUAUUGACAACAAAUACUCAGCUGUGAUCCACCAGGCUCCAAGCCCUGGAUCUAUGCUGAUACAUUGCUGAGCCUGGCAACUGUCACACCAAAGCUGAGUUGCUUAGGUCAGGGGACACCUGUUUUCAGAAUGGUGGAAAGGCCUACACAGAACAGUUGAUGUUACGGCAGUUAUAGGGUUUUUUGAAGAUGUACAAAAUAGUUGACGUAACAUGGGAAGGACAACAUCUGGAAGGGAGUACAAAGGAAAGGAUCACAGACAUCUGGAAAGAUUGCUGGGAUGAAGGAUAUAGUAAGCCCUAUUUUCUUCAGAAUUAAACAAGUAAUUAAAAGAUAUAAAUGAUAUUAAAAUGCUCCUUUUUAACAUUAGAGCAAAUGUUUGGUAAGUGCUCUGUCCUCAUUGGGCUAUAGGAUGCUUGUACCAGGGGUUGGAACCUGCCAUUUCACACCUCCAUCAUAAGCUUCAGACUUGCUCCGUAAGGCUGCAGAAUAAAGUCUCUGCACCUCAGCUCUUUUUUUGUAUAGUGUCACCUGUGACCCUGGGGAAGCACUAAGCACCAGGAUUUUUUUCCCCCAGGAAGACCAGGAAUGUUUUUGAAGAUCUGCAGACCACUCUAUAUUUGGUAAAUCACAGGCAGAUUCUAUGCCAGUGUUGACUGAGACCUGUCCCAACAUUUUACAUUGAACGCGGCUCUACCACCCUUUAGAGAAUCACCCUCUGCUUCAUAACUAUUAGAUCUAUUGUCUCUGUCUUUUAUUCACAAACAUGAGUUCUCUUAUUUAUUGUCAAUCUUUAACACAAAGUUUAUUUUUACUGUCUUAAGGAUUUCUGUAAUCCAGUGGCUAGGUGAAACCCACACAGU